GUCGAUUUCAUUAGGGCAAUAUUGAUCAAGAAGAGCAUAAUGACAUUGACAAACUGUCCUUACGUCUAUCUAAUCUUAUUCAUGAAGCAAAUAAAGCCAUAAGACAAGAUAGACAGCCUAUAAAGCGAAGACUGAAGCCCAUGUUGCAGACAAGGCAACACGACCAAUUAACACACUCCUUCAAUCGUCUCAACACUUCUAUAGCGGAGGUCCGUAAUCUUUCCCGAGGACUAACAUCUAUCCGACAAGUUGAUAUUUUGCUUUUAUUCUUAUGCGUGCCACUAUUACAUAUACCAUCCACUAUUGUUUCUCUCUUGCUCGAUCUCGUUUCUUUUCAAGAUGAACACUCGUGGCUCACCUGGAUCCUUCUUCUGGGAUUGUCUCUUUUUAUCAUCACACAACUGAAGGAACAGACUGAAGGCACAGUCAUACGUAAAAGACCAAAAACUGUUAGUCUACCUAUCAGGAACAGCAUGAAGCCGAUAACAGAACAACGAAGAUACUCACUGUGACAGAGUCUAUAUGUUUAUAUUUUAUUACAAAUUUAAUAAAUACAAGGAAUGCAAAAUUCUACAA